AAUCGCAUUUCAUGACGUUCAUACAAUUGAGGGAUCGCCUCUAUUCUCGUGGGGUUUGCCCCGUUUUCUCCGCGCUUCCAUCCGCCGGUGACCGCCCGGCUACCAGCGCGCACAGCUGAGGGGGCCGGACGGCCUGGGGUGGGCACGGCGGAGACCGGCGCUCCCCUCCCUCCCGCCCCCACAGCGGCAGCCUGCCGGGGGGAGCCGCCGCCCGGCUCCGGCAGCUGGUUAGAGACCGGCCGUGCUGCCCUGCGGGAGGGCGUUCAUUUUCUCCAGGAUCCCACCCGAAACGGGAGGGAGGGCCGCCCGUGGCGAGAUCGCUUCACGGCGGAGACCUGGCGGCACCGCCCGCUCCCCUCAGCGCCCCUUCCCGCCACCUCCCCCGCCCGCCGGGCCGCCGCCUCCCGCCCCCUCCCGGCAGCCGCUAUUUGUAAGGAGGAGCCGCCUUCCCACACCUGCCCGCCUCUCCCUCCUUCCCCACCCGGCCGAGACGGCUCCGCGCCCGCUGCGGGGACACCCACCUCGCCGCGUCCCCGCUCCGCCGGGCCGACCCCAAGUAUCGCGGGAGCCGGGCGCUGCCUGCGCUGCCGCAGCCAUUGGGCGGCGCGGCGGAGGAGAGGCGGCGGCUGACGACGCGCGGCCACCGACCUGGCGAGGCAGCGGCGCGGAGCCGAGCCCAGCUCUGGGGCCGCUGUCCCGCCUCGCUUCGCCUCGCCUCGGCGGCCAUGAGGAGGAGGAGGGCAGCGGUGUCGCGCUCUGCCCCGGACGGGCGGCGGCGCUGCUGAGCGCGGGGCCGGGCGUCCCACCGCAGGAAAGUUACCCAGCGGUUCAGUGCUAAGAUCGUGCUUUGGGAGCAUGGCCGAAGCAGAACUCCCCAUCUCGCGGUGGAACGCAGCUUCUAAUGUGGGAUGCUUGUCUUUGCUUCCAUGUUGGAUUUUAGCUGUGGGAGUUUGAACAUCUCAGCAACUGCUGCCUUUCCUCAGCAUUUGAGCUAGAAACAGAGCAAAGCAAUGAGGAGAUUUGUUUACUGCAAGGUGGUCCUCGCCACUUCUCUCAUGUGGGUGCUUGUGGACGUCUUCUUACUUUUAUACUUUAGUGAAUGUAAUAAAUGCGAUGACAAGAGAGAGAGGUCUCUGCUGCCUGCUCUGAGGGCCGUUAUUUCCCGAAACCAAGAAGGACCUGGAGAGAUGGGAAAGGCUGUGCUCAUUCCGAAGGACGACCAGGAGAAGAUGAAAGAGCUGUUUAAAAUCAACCAGUUUAACCUCAUGGCCAGCGACCUGAUCGCCCUGAACCGCAGUUUGCCCGACGUGAGGCUGGACGGGUGCAAGACCAAAGUCUACCCCGACGACCUGCCCAACACGAGCGUCGUGAUUGUGUUUCACAACGAAGCCUGGAGUACUCUGCUCCGGACUGUGUACAGCGUUAUAAAUCGCUCGCCACACCGCUUGCUUUCUGAAAUCAUCCUGGUGGACGAUGCCAGCGAGAGAGAAUUUUUGAAGGCCUCGUUAGAGAAUUACGUGAAAAAUCUGGAAGUCUCCGUAAAAAUCAUCCGGAUGGAGCAGAGGUCGGGACUGAUCCGCGCGCGGCUCCGCGGGGCAGCAGCCUCCACGGGGCAGGUGAUCACCUUCCUGGACGCGCACUGCGAGUGCACCCUGGGCUGGCUGGAGCCGCUGCUGGCCCGCGUAAAGGAGGACAGGAAAACUGUUGUCUGCCCAAUCAUUGACGUGAUCAGCGAUGACACGUUUGAAUACAUGGCCGGGUCAGACAUGACUUACGGAGGGUUUAACUGGAAACUCAACUUCCGCUGGUAUCCGGUUCCCCAGAGGGAGAUGGACAGGAGGAAAGGAGACAGGACCUUGCCUGUGAGGACCCCUACUAUGGCUGGUGGCCUAUUUUCUAUUGACAGAAACUACUUUGAAGAGAUAGGAACUUACGAUGCAGGAAUGGAUAUCUGGGGUGGCGAGAAUCUUGAAAUGUCUUUUAGGAUUUGGCAGUGCGGCGGCUCCCUUGAGAUUGUCACCUGCUCGCACGUCGGCCACGUUUUCCGAAAGGCAACACCUUACACCUUCCCUGGCGGCACUGGACACGUCAUCAACAAGAACAACAGGAGGCUGGCUGAGGUGUGGAUGGAUGAGUUUAAGGACUUCUUCUAUAUAAUUUCCCCAGGUGUCGUUAAGGUGGAUUAUGGCGAUGUAUCCGUCAGAAAAGCUCUAAGAGAAAACUUGAAGUGUAAACCCUUCUCAUGGUACUUGGAAAACAUCUAUCCCGACUCCCAGAUUCCACGGCGCUAUUACUCGCUCGGUGAGAUCAGGAACGUUGAAACCAACCAGUGUUUAGACAACAUGGGCCGCAAGGAAAAUGAAAAAGUGGGCAUUUUCAACUGCCACGGCAUGGGAGGAAAUCAGGUGUUUUCUUACACUGCUGACAAAGAGAUCCGGACGGACGACUUGUGCCUGGACGUCUCGAGGCUGAACGGCCCCGUCAUCAUGCUCAAGUGCCACCACAUGAGGGGGAACCAGCUCUGGGAGUACGAUGCCGAGAAGCUCACCCUGAGGCACGUCAACAGCAACCAGUGUCUGGAUGAGCCGUCGGAGGAGGACAAGAUGGUUCCCACCAUGAGGGAGUGCGGUGACGGCCGUUCCCAGCAGUGGCUGCUGCGCAACAUGACCCUGGGUGCCUGAAGUCGGCGCAGACCCGCUGCCUCGGCUGGGAUGUCCUCCUCCUCCUCCUCCUCCUCUUCCUCCUCCCCUCCUCCUUGCUGAGGCCAGCGGUGCUGAAGCCCUCUCCAAAUCCCAACUGUCAGAGCAAAGUCACGGGGGCUGUUCCUUGAUGAGGCGGGUCUCCACGUGCCCCUUCGAAGCCUGUGACUGUUCCAAAGCAGCUCGUCUGAGCCUAUGAAUGUCAAAACACGUGCUGUUGUCAACACAAACGUGCUCAGAAAAGGUUCCAGGGAAACCUCUAUGAACCCUACAGCAAAGAGGUUGGGAUGGAGGGUGUUCUGCCUGUCGCGCACCACUGCCGAGAAGUGACCCGGUACAGAAUGCCUUAUGACACUCAGUGGCACUGGGAACCAUCCUGGCAGGCAUCUCCUGAGCUGGAUGUGUUGGUGCUGGUCUGUCCCGGCACGCGGUGGGGAUAUUUGCUGUUCUCGUGUCGAGUGGGACUCGGUGCAGAACCGCGCUGAGUAGCAAAGUCACCAGUCAGAGCAAAAGCUUCGUGCUUUGUGCUGGGAGACAAAUGAGAUCCGGUGUUUGGAAAAGCAGCAAAAGUGAGCAAAGACUGCACUCAGAAAUUGAAAUUAAAUCAAAUGAGGCAACGGCAAAAGACGUGGGAACAGCGUUAAGAAGGAGGAAUGACGCGCGUGAGUCGCUCAGACCAGCUCAGAUUGAAGUGUCCUCUGCGAUGGGAAGAGAACCGGCUGGGGCUGGCACCUGGGGAGCUGCAGGGGGGUGCAGGUGGAGGUACCAAACCCUGAGACCGCCGGAGACUGCGAGUUGCUCUGACCACGAUCCCUAUAGCUGCCACCCUUAAGCGUUAGUAUAUAACACUGCAUCCUGCAUCAGGCACAGACGGGAGCUUCAUCCGUGGAUCCCCUACGCCCAGAGGGUGAAACUGGAUCGACUCUGAGUUCUGGCUCCAGGUGUUCUUGCUUCGAUAGCAAUGACAGAUGCUUAUUUAGAUUUUUAAUAAUGUCGUGGCUUAAUCAUUUUGUUAGCGUGGUUAUUAAAAACAUGCUGAUGGCAUGCAGUCGUGUCGGAGGCAUCGCAGGAACUGAUGCCGCGCCGGCCCGCGGCGCGACGCGUGGAAGGGUCCUAUACGUACGGGUGGCGUUUCCUAUACGUAUUGGUGACGUUUCUCGUGGUGACCCCAGCGGCACGCGCUCCCCAAAAUGCAUCUGCUGCGCGACGGGCUGGGGUUUCGGCAGUAAUCUGUAACUUCCCAUUGCCUGGAGGGUUCAAGAGCCCUAAAUCACGGGGCGGCAGCAGCCACGUGGUACAGCGCGGGUAAGCGGUCAGAUGGGUUCCCUUUAUUUCACUCACAAUUCUGCAAAAGGUCUGUUUAUGCACUAGGCCAUUAAAAAACGACAAUAUUUUCUGUAUAA